AUGCCACUCAACCAAAAUACUUCACACGGAACGCAACCGCCGCCGUCUUCUUCCAAGACCGGUCACCCGCUCCCCCGACGAACAUCACCAGCGAACUCAGUCACUCUUCGCCAUCACCGAUUAGCACGCGAUGCAUCACUCAAGGCUAGUCAGGGCUCAGGGCCCGCUGUCAAGACGACAACAACAACAUCACCUCGUCGUAAUUCAUCAGGUGACAGCAACGAGACCGGCCAAAGCGAUCCCAACACAUGGUUUGAUCAAUCGAACCAGAACCCAACAGCCACAUUCGAUAGCAAUGUUAUGGAAGUCGAUCCCCCUUUCUUCCAAAAAGAAUCCGACUCUUCAAAUGAAGAUAAACCAUAUUACAACCACCAUCAGCUUGCACCCCCCAAGCUCACAGCAGCUCACAGCAGCAGUGCAGAUGAUUACCGAAGCGUCAUCGAUGACCUCACGGUAGAGAUUCAAAAACUUCGAGAGGAGCUUAAGCGUUACAAGAACACAGGUCCAGAUAUGCUUCGAAAAGAGAAAUUGUUCGAGAUCAAGUGUCAUGGCCUUCCCAAAAAGAAGAAGAGAGAACUAGAGGCUACGCUUCGAGAUUUUGCGGCCAGUCUCGAUGGAUCUCCUGAUGCAUCGUCGACACAGAACAAGAAGAAAUCUCGCCAUGCUAACCGCGAUAAUAUGUACUCAGGGUCCGGAUCCAAGCAUGCAUCGUCGUCUUCAGGCUCCAACUUUCGCCCAGCCGACUCGGCCUACGCCUCUAUGUCCACCGGCGCCAAGUCGUCGGGAACCUCUUUGAGUCGUCCCAGCAUGGGUUCGCAGGCCAAGUCGUCAGAGGCAGUCGAGAGUUAUUUGCGCGAUAUUCCCGAGGGAUUAUAUCCACGACAUAUGAUCAUGACCGACAAAGAAAGAAAGAAGCUCGUUGUUCGUCGAUUGGAACAGUUGUUUACAGGCAAGAUUGGCGGACGCCACGUGGUGAAGAAGCAGCCUGUGCAGCCUAGUGGCAGUUCUGCUGCUCUAGCGCCUGUUGUUGCGGACACACAACCAAACGCUCUUAAUGCUUCGAUUUCUUUGGUUCACGAACCUCCUAUGUUGCAAACCGGCGGCAAAGAAGCAACAAGAGAGGCUCGAAUUCUCCCUACCGAACAGCAAUCCGGUCACUCUGGUAAAAAGAGCAGAUCUGCUGAUAACGGCUCUGCAUCAAAUUCCAAUGGAGACAACACCGAAUCUGGCGGUAAUGGCAACAGCACUGGUUCAGGCACAAACCCCUCCCCUCCAAUGACAACCCUACCCGAGCAACGGCCCACACGACCCCGAGAUUUAGAUCCCGACCGUGCCCAAGUGCCGGCUGAGAACAUGGAUUAUAUCCGUCAUCUCGGUUUAGUGCCACCAGAAUUGUUAGCGGAGCAGCACAGCCAUGAUGUUCAUCCUGACGCCGAGGGAUGGGUUUACCUGAAUUUGCUGUGCAAUCUGGCUCAGCUGCAUAUGAUUAAUGUCACACCUGAUUUCGUUCGAUCUGCUGUCACUGGCAUGAGCACGAAAUUCCAAUUGUCACCUGAUGGCCGAAAAAUUCGAUGGCGUGGUGGAACUGAGGGAACCAGGUUCAGUAGCGACAGCUCUGGAUACAACUCUCAGAAGAGCCCCUCAACAGACGACACCGAAGACGGAUCGGAAAACAAGCAUAAGCGUCAGAAAACAGGUCGCUCUACAGGCGAUGAGUUUCAGUCAGGGAGCUCAAGCAAGAACGGUCUCAAGUACGACCCGCAACUUUGUGCUCCUUCCGAAAGCUUCCACUACAAGCCUUUGUUCGCGCAACAAGAAUCAUCAGGUGGCCAGACUUCGCUUGACGAGACUGUUUCGUCGUUUGGUCCCCCUGAGGAAAGCAACGUUGGCGAAUCAAGAUGGGGACUUAGCGGCUCCGGUGCGUCCGGUCGUAAGAAGCGUCGCCAUGAUGGUGCUAUCAUCUAUUACAGUGGUGCUCCAUUCUGCACAGAUCUCUCUGGAGAUCCUGGCGACAUGUCACCCACUACACAGAUGAGGGCUGGUCAAACAGAAACGGACAAGGAUAACUUCAAGGUUCCUCCUUCGCCCCUCCGACGAACAGACUCUGGAUCAUUUCUUAACUACCGGCCAUUGACUGAUCGUGGGGUUUUGUCUAACCAGCAAAGCUCAGCCAUGGAAAUCGACAGCGAAGACCCACCAAGUCUGACAGACGAUACCGACGACGCCAGCGAGAUUGAUUUGGACUUCACCUGGAGCAACAAUGCGCAAUACAUGCAGCAUUACCCUCUUGAGCCUUGCGGCUUGGGAGGAGUUCUUCCAGAAGAUCACUUCAUGGUGGUUGUUUCCACGAAGAGACCCAAGCAAGAUGAAUUGUCUUCGGCUGCCAUUGGCAGAACUAGUGAGAACACAGAUGCGGUUGUUCGCCGUAUGGAAACCAUGACAACAUCUUCUCCAAAGCUGGGCGUUUCGAAAACCAUGCCCGUUGCUGGUCCCCUUCCUGUUGAGAUCGAGUACAUGUCAGGCCGCAUCAAGCGACUGACACCGGUCUCCCUGCCACCUCCUGCCAUUUUCUUCCCACCAUUCAGUCCUAGCGAGUCCACCGCCGACGAUGACGAUGAUGUUUCGGAUGAUCUUGAUAUGUCUCAGUCACUGAGGGAUCUUAUGGGUCAGCGAACAUUGCAACAUCAGUCUGAUGGUUAUCCUGAUGGCGUUGAUCUUAGCAGUGGGGACGAAGAGGGUGAUGAGCCCGAUGACUCGCCCAACCAGAACAUUUACGCAGUCACUCGGGACCCAAAGGCAUUGCCCAACCGUCCUCGACAAGCCGCCCGCCGUACCAGUAGUGCUGCUGCGGCUGCCGGCACUGCCAGGGGUGCAAGCAAGAGUAACAGCGCAAACCCGGCGCUAUCACACGACGAUAAUAGUUCUGUUGCUACUGCUGGCGCUGCCGAGAGCGGCUACAGCAGUAGUGACGAAAGCUCCUAA